AUGAGAGUCGUAAAAGAAGAGAACUUGAUGAGAAAAUCAUAUGAGACAUUCAUGAGAUCACAUAAUGGUUCACAAUCACCAAAAAGAGAAGGUGGCUAUUAAGAUGCUGCAGUUUAAUAAAAUUUCAAUUAUUUUGGAAUGCCUAAGGACUAGGCUGUAGGUUUUAAUACACGGUAUGCUCAAAAUAGCAGAGCCUUGUCUCCUGGUGAUUAAUCACCUUAAGCGAUGGAUAAAAAAUCCUAAAAUUUUAUGAACACUAUGCAGAAUUUCAAUAUUAAAAAGGAUUCAAUAAAAGAGUAGGUUCCUACUUAAAAUACCGAUAAAUCACUCAGUAACUCUCAAAAUUUGACUAGAUCUCAAUCAUCUCAGGUUUUCCUUAGAUCAUAAUAGAAUGGAAAGAAGGCCGCCCUUGAUGCUGAUACUCUUUAUCCUACAAGCCCUUUAAAUAGAUUAUAUAGAAAUAAUAUCAAAGUUCAAAUGGGAAGAUAUCCAGCUACUUUCUUUAAAAAGGUUUAUAAGCCUGAAAACUAUCCAUCUUGUGCAAUCAGUAAGAUUAAUGUGCCAGGUAACACUACUAAUCUCAAUAUUGGUAAGAGUUCCUUCCUUCAGACAUAACACUAAUUUACUCAUAAGUAAGAUAACCCUAACAUGUUACAACCUCUAAGUCCACUCAAGCGACCUGAUAUAGGUGCAUAGCUACUUGCAAUGAACACAGACAAGAAAGCGUUUGAUAGUUAAAAUCAUUAGAAAUACUUCCAUGACUACUUUGGAAACAAGGAUAAGGGGAAAAGACAACUAGAAUCAUAGCUUCCAGAUGUGGUACAAAAGCACUCCAGAGACUUCAAUAUUUUGAGUAAUAUUCCUACAGGAGUCUUCCAAAGAUAAUCCAGGUACAAUAGCCGUCCAAGAAAUGAUGGCUAAGAUAAUUUGAACUUUGGGGCUGAUAACAGUACAAAGUAAGCUGCUUUCUAGAUCCAUAGUAACAGAGGCUAAUAGAGAAAUGUUAGCUAAAGUAAUACUUUCUUAAAUUCUGGAGUUGGUUUAAACGCAAUUGGGAAUAAUUCCAACUCAAAUAAAGGAUAACCAGGAAUGACUUAAAAUAAGGCUUAAUUUGCUGCUUUCAGCACAUAUCAAGAAAACAAAAACGCUAAUAAUAAUAAUUGA